UCUCUUUAAUUUUGGUCGCCAUCAUGGGUAUCUCGCGAGAUAAGUGGCAUAAGAGGAGGAAGACCGGAGGUCGCCGGGAGCCCAUCCGCAAGAAAAGGAAGUUUGAAUUAGGUCGACCUGCUGCUGGUACCAAGCUUGGGGCCAGACGUAUCCACACUGUGAGAACUCGAGGUGGCAACAAGAAGUACCGUGCCUUGAGGUUGGACACUGGAAACUUCUCAUGGGGUUCUGAGAGCCAGAGCCGCAAGACUCGUAUUAUCGAUGUCGUCUACAAUGCCAGUAACAAUGAACUCGUGCGAACCAAGACACUCGUGAAGAACUGUAUUGUCCAAAUCGAUGCUACGCCAUUCCGACAGUGGUACGAGGCUCAUUAUGCCAUGCAGCUCGGAAGGAAGAAGGGAGCCAAAUUGACCGAGGCCGAGGAAGCCAGCUUAAGCAAAAAACGCUCCAAGAAGACGCAGAAAAAAUACGAGGAGAGGAAGAAAACCGCCAAGGUUGAAACCGCCAUCGAGGAACAGUUCGCCACUGGACGUCUUUAUGCGUGUGUUUCGUCUCGCCCCGGACAGUGUGGUCGUUGCGAUGGUUACAUCUUGGAAGGCAAGGAACUCGAGUUCUAUUACAGGAAGGUCAAGGCGAAGAAGGGAAAGUAAACUGUACAGUUAAAUAAUAAAUUAAAAAAUACUAUGAAA